CAACACUUAAAGGAGCAUCCGCGAGGGCUGCUACCUGCCUCUGCUGCCCGUCAGGCACCAUGAAGUCCCUCGCUCUAGGUGUGCUUUUGGUGGUGUCUCUGCCGUGGCCUGCCCCCGCCGACAAGGGUUCGUUGCACCUGGGCCAGGUCAGUGAUUUUUCAUGGGAAAACUGUGAUGGUGGACAGGACCCAGUAGUGAUCACCAGCCUGGAGGUAGAACCAGUUCCUAUCAGCAUCCCUGGAAGUGUAACCGUUGGCAUGGAGACCAGGACGAAUAUACUCCUCACUUCUCCUUUGAAGACAGUGGUAACUUUGGAGAAAGAAAUGACUCCUGGCUUCUGGUUACCAAUCCCCUGUGUUAAAAAGAUCGGAAGCUGCACCUAUAGAGACAUAUGUGAGACAAUUGACACCUUCAUUCCACCUGGGGAGGCCUGCCCUGAGCCUCUCCGUACCUAUGGCCUGCCCUGUCACUGUCCCUUUAAGAAGGGUACCUACUCUCUGCCCAAGACCAGCUUCCAAAUACCUCCUGUGAAGCUGCCGCCUUCUCUCAGCAGUGGCAACUACCGAGCUCAGAUUGUUCUAAGCAACAGCGAUGCACGUCUGGGCUGUUUCAAGAUCAAGGUCUCUCUCACGGACAACUGAGAGCCACGAUCCAUGCCUGGAUAGAGUGGUCUGCAAAGUUGGCUUUGGCUUUGUUGCCUGCCCUGGCCUCAGCUGUGGAUCUGUGCUUAGAACAAGAAUCCAGCUCUAGCCACUUGAGUUGGGCCUCCCAGCCUUCUUCAUUCCCAGGACAGCUGCGUCUCUGUUCUUUUGCCUUCCCACACAGCCUAGGCCUCUCCCACUUCACCAGGCCUAGGGACUGUGAACAUCUAAGCAGGAGCUGUUCCCAGGCCUCUUCUCCCAAGGGGAAACCCAUUCAAAGGACUAGCCUACUUUUCUACCGUUGGGAAGCAAGCACUUUCCUGAUUACUAUAUUUCUCAGUUCAGCAUAGGAGCUUUUAAAGUAGUGAAUUAAUGUUUUAAAAUAAUAAUAGCUAACAUUUACCUAGUUUAUGAAGAUCUUUAUAUAUAUUUUCUCAUUUUAAUGAUCUUCCCACUCAAGCUUCUCUUGAUAUCUCUCCCCCUCCCCCCUUGCCCCUCACCCAGUGCCACCCUCUUUUGGAGGGGCUUCUGACUGAGUGGAUCUAUUCCUUUGCUUUCUGGAAAAGCAGCAGCCAACAGUAGGUACAUAAAAUGGAUCCUCACCCCUUUUGGAGGGGGUCCUCAGGGCCUCAAUUUUCCUGGACAGCAACUCUAGCUCAUUUUGAAAAUGCCUGAGCUGGUAAUCCAGCCAGGAGGCCCUGGUAGCAGUGACUAUCCAUUUUUUCUAACCCUGGAACUAGUGGCCUGAGUGUCAGGCUCUAGGUUUUCUGCAUGGACCAAACCCUAUCAUAGCCCAGGAUGCCCUGAGGGGUAUGUCAGUCUUCUGAGAACAUUUGCCAAAGCUCCUCAGCUAAGUCUCCUAUCCUAUCAUACCCCUCUUUAAGGGAUAGGGAUGUGGGUGGCGGGGUAGGAGUAGCUGGAACCUGAGGUGGAUGGAUCAAUCCUAGCUCACUUUUACACAGGGUACAAAAGGACCAGUGAGUUGACUCCAAGGGAUUCAUUGUAAACUAAAACUAAAAAUAAAUCUGUAUUUACUCUUUUA